UGAAGUAAAUUGGCCAAGUGAUUGUUGACCGAGGGCGGUGGUGUGAGUUCCCUGAGCUUGCCUCCACUUUCAUCUGUUUGAUAUUUUGUAUUGUAAAAAGUCGUGACUAUAGUACUGUUUUGAGUUUAUUGAAGUUUUCAACUGAAAUCAAAUGUUCCAUAGCUUAUCACUGAAAUAAAGUUUCUCUGAGUACCUUCCAUUUAUUUUUAUUAUAUUCUGUUUAUUGUAUGUUAAAUCAAUAUAUUUGAAAAGGAUAAAUGAAUUGCUAUAGCAACAGAUAAGCAAUCAAAUGAGUUUUUCAAUGAAUAUAAUUUUCUUUCUGGUUGACUUACAUUCUGCAUAUAACUAGAAAAAACACUGAGUUUUAAUCAUCUAAAAGAAUUGUAUUUGUUAGCAGCAGUGCCUCUAAAAUUACUGAAAUUAUGAGGAGCCACCUGUGCUGUUGGAACAAAAAUCCAGAACAAUUGGAAUGUGUGAGCACUGUUACUGUGAACUGUCGUUUGGCUGUGUAAUGAAUUUGGGUGUGCAGUAUGGUUAGCUGUGACUCCAAUCUGGCUACCUAGCCCCUCUGUGAUAACAGUGUCUCCAUUUGAGGAUUAGAGUUGGUUAAAUGAUGUCUUGAACACAGCUUAUGCAUCACAAGAGGCUGACAGUGUGUCUUUUUCAAAUACACAGUUUACUGUUCACACAUUCAAAGUGGGGGGCGGACAACUCACAGCAAAUGCAUCUUAACAGUCUAGCUCUGAGUGAUGUCACCAGUGUCUGGAGGUGGGAUUCACUCAGGACAGUGGCAGUCUUGCACAGGACAGGUAGUAAGUCUGCUAGCCCAGUGCACAGCAAACCACCACGACUGCAGUCACUGGUGGGAAGGGCAGUGAGUGGGUGCUGACUCUGAGGCAGAUGGUCCUUCAAAGUGGCAUUGCUCGAGCUCAGUAGAGACCAAAGAGUCAUGCUUCAGUUGUGCUUAGCCAUUCAGACAGGGUGCCAGACAGUGAGUGGUCACCACGGUCACUGAAUAGUCCCUUACUGCUAGCACAGUGGCUUGUGUACAUUGAGGUACGUUGGAGACCAGCCCCUGUCGAGCUCCCUGGUCCUUCUGUGGCUCGUCCCCUCCUUGCAGACUUCUUGGCCCCUGUCCUGAUUGCUGUGGACCCCUGCUCCCAGGGUGUGGCUGAUACACUCAGGUGCUCGCUUCUGCCCUCAGCAUGGUCUGGCUGUCGGGAUGUUUAGCAGGAGUGUCUCCAUCUUAUUUUCCUCUUUGUAGUUCUAAGUGUUCACUACAGAUGGUCAUAAAGUUUAUCUCUGAAAUUCUGAUUCUCUGAAGAAUCCUACACAUUGUGUGUGAUGGUGAUUGGGCUACACCCUAGUCAGUCACCGUGGGAAGCAAUUCAUUUAUGCCUUUGUAGCAUUUAUUGACCUAAUCAAUCCUCUGGGACCAUUAGAGGGAAGGACAAAGGCAGUAAGUGAAUUAGGAAGUUGGCCGUCAUUCUUCAGAUACCUUCCAGGACAUGCUGGGCAGAUGUUUGUUCCUGGAGACAGUCACCCGCUGCCCUGCUACAGUACAGAGAUGGAGAAAUUCAGGACCAGCUGCAGGCUUUACCAUGAACACUGCACCUCCCUGUGGCCACUGUCUCAGUAUUUUCCCUCUUCAGUGUGCUGACCUGGGUGUCUUAUUCCAGGGAGAAUAUUCUUGUGCUCCAGAUGCUUGCUUGGAAUGGCUGGGUUAUGGGUGGAGUUAGUUUGGAAGCACAAAUGAAGCCCAGAUCAGAUUUCUAAAGGCCAAGCUCAAUGUGAUGCAGGAGGAACUGGACAGUGUGGUGUGUGAGUGCAGUAAGAAGGAGGAUGAAAUUCAGGAUUUGAAGUCCAAGGUGAAACAUUUUGAAGAAGACUGUGUGAGACAGCAGCAAACAAUCACGUCACAGCAGUCUCAAGUGGAAAAGUAUAAGAAUCUUUUUGAAGAAGCAAACAAAAAAUGUGAUGGACUACAGCAACAGCUCUCAUCCGUAGAGAGGGAAUUAGAAAACAAAAGAAGAUUACAGAAGCAGGCUGCCACAAGUCAAAGUGCCACAGAAGUCCGCCUGAACCGAGCUCUAGAGGAAGCAGAAAAGUAUAAGGUGGAGCUGAGUAAACUGAGGCAGAGUAACAAGGAUAUUGCAAAUGAAGACCACCAAAAAAUAGAAGUGUUAAAAUCAGAAAACAAGAGGCUAGAAAGACAAAAAGGAGAAUUAAUGAUAGGAUUCAAGAAACAAUUGAAGUUAAUUGACAUUUUGAAAAGGCAGAAGAUGCAUAUUGAAGCUGCGAAGAUGCUGUCUUUCAGUGAGGAGGAGUUCAUGAAAGCUCUUGAGUGGGGCAGCUCAUGAGGGAGCAAUUUUAAUUUGAUGCUUGUUUGUGACAGUUUAUUCAACAUGAAAUCGUAGUGCUUCUUUACCAUUCAUAAGUAAUGAAAAUAUUUGUGAAAUAAAAAGUCCAGGUAUGGACUUGCUGAA